AUGAAGAAGGAGAACAUCAUGCUUUCAUUGUUGAUUCCUGGACCACAACAGCCGGGUAAUAGCAUUGAUAUAUACUUAGAGCCGCUGAUUGAGGAUCUAAUACAUCUGUGGAACAAUGGCGAGACAACAUAUGACGCUUUUAGUAAAACAACUUUUAAUCUGAAGGCAUUGUUGCUUUGGACGAUUAGUGACUUCCCAACUUAUGGGAAUCUUGCAGGCUGCAAAAAGAAAGGAAGGAUUUUAAGUGGUCAUGAAAUUAGUAAAAACCUCAAAAACUUCAAAAAUGACUUUGGAAAUCUGAAACGAUCUGCACGCAAGAGGAAAAGAACUGAGUGUACUGGAUUGGGAUCUGAUAAUGAUGAGUCUUCAAGUGAGUCAGAUGAGGAUGAAGAAGACGAAGUCAAAUUAGAUGAGGAUGAGUUAUCACGAUGGAAGAAAAGGUCCAUAUUUUUCAAGUUACCGUAUUGGGAGGAUCUUCCCGUGAGGCAUAACUUAGAUGUAAUGCAUGUAGAGAGGAAUGUGGCUGCAAGUAUUGUCUCUACGUUGCUACAUUGUGGGAAAUCAAAGGAUGGUCUCAAUGCCCGUAAAGAUUUGGAGGUACUCGGUAUUAGGAAAGAUUUGCACCCUAGGACGAAAGGGAAAAGAACAUAUCUGCCUCCAGCUCCUUGGUCUUUGUCAAAGGCAGAAAAGAAAAUAUUUUGUACUCGGCUUGUUGACUUCAAAGGACCAGAUGGCUACUGUUCAAACAUAGCCAGAGGUGUAUCGAUAAAGGACUGUAAGGUAACAGGUCUAAAAUCACACGACUACCACGUGUUAAUACAACAACUCCUUCCUAUUGCACUUAAAGGUUUGUCACCAAAAGGUCUGAGGCUAGCAAUUUUAAGAUUAUGUGCAUUCUACAACCUCUUGUGCCAACGAGUUAUUGAUAGGGAGCAGAUUUUGGUAAUGGAAGCUGAGAUUGUUGAAACGAUCUGCAUGUUUGAAAGAUUUUUUCCGCCAAGUUUCUUUGAUAUCAUGGUGCAUUUGACGGUUCAUCUAGGAAGAGAAACCAGGUUAGGUGGACCAGUCCAUUUUAGAUGGAUGUACCCUUUCGAAAGGUAUAUGAAAGUUCUGAAAGACUUUGUGAGGAACCCUGCAAGACCUGAGGGAAAUGGAUAUGAAAAUAGCUCAUCUUGCUGUCAUCCAGAAUAUGGCUGUAGUGGAACCUUAUGUCGACAUCUACAAGACUCAAAUGGAAGAUGCCGACGUGAUGCAUCAAUGUUAUGGAGGAUGCAUACUGAUAAGUUUGCAUCUUGGUUAAAACAGCAGAUACCACUUGAUUCAGACAGCCAUGGAAAAAUUCUGAAAUGGUUGGCAUAUGGUCCACGUUGCAUUGCACGUUCAUAUACAGGUUACAUAGUAAAUGGGCAACGGUUUCAUACAAUGUCAGUUGAUAGGAAAAAUCAUAAUAGUGGGGUCUAUUAUGAGGCUACGGCAAUCUGUAGGGCUAGUGCUAAAGACAUUUCACAAGUAGUUGAUUUGGUCUCAUACUACGGCAGAGUGGUGGACAUCAUACUGUUGGAGUACAACGUCUUUUAUGUUCCUCUCUUCCGGUGUAACUGGGCAGUAAUGGGUAAUGAAGUGAAGAUAGAAGAUGGUUUUACACUAGUGAACAUGAGUCAGAGUCAAGUAUCAUUCUUACGAGAGCCAUAUAUAUUAGCAUCGCAAGCAAAGCAGGUGUUUUAUCUAAGGGAAGACGCUGAAUCAAGUUGGCAUGUUGUUAUGCGAGGUCCUUCAAGAAGAUAUAAGAAUGAUCUGGAUGAUGGAAUUGGAGAGAUUGGUCCAUUGCCAUCGAAUGUGGACAUGGAUAUACACAUGGAUGAAUCUGAAAAUGCCCGAACUGAUUGUGAAGGCAUAUAUGUCUGA